UUUUAAAUUCUGAUUGCCAUUUUUAUCCAGAAAACAUCCCCUCACUCUUGUUUUUAACCAGAAAAGCACAGGAAGACAACGGCUGUCAACUAAAGCGCAAGAAAUGCCUCAUUGUAAAAGAGAGACUGAUAAGAAAGUGAGUGGGAGAGAAGACGAGAAACAAAAGAGUCUAAAAGAGGAGCGUGACGCAUCUCCUCCUCUUUUAAAGCAGCAAGCUUCAGAUCAGUGCGUGGACGAGACUUUUUCUGAGGUGCAGAGAUCUGCUGAUGAAGAGCGAAUGCAGUUUCUUCAGCUGCUGGUACAGAAUUCACGAUCAGGUCAGAUCAGACCGUCUGUACUUCGCUCUACGGCUCUCCUGCUUCAGGCAAAUGAGAGCAACCCAACAGCCAUGAGCAGAAGAAAAGACACAGGCCACAGUGCGCAGAUUUCCAUCCAAGCUGUUGCUGAAUCAAGCCAACACAGGAAACAGUCUGCCAGCUAUUACUCUCACAGCCCAGUACAGUCAGAGAUCCAGAGAUCCAGUGCUCUUUUCAUAAACGGACAUUGUCGCUGGCCAGGCUGUGAAAAAGCUUUUGAAGAUAACACACUUUUUCUGAGACAUCUGAACCGAGACCACAGGACAGAUGAAAAAACUAUCGCACAAUGGCGAGUUCAGCAAGACCUGGUGCACCACAUGGAGAAUCAGCUCAUACAGGAGAGGCAGAAACUUCAUGCCAUGCAGCUCCAUCUCCGACUCUUCGAAUGCAUCUCCACAUAUACGGGAGUUGCUGGAGGCUGGUGGAGGCCGCUGGCACUAAAUUUCCCCCCAUUGAGUGAGCCAGAUGGCAGGACAGAGAGAGCUUGUGAUGCACCGGUACAACAGGAGCCUUGGCACAUCCCACCACCACACCUGCUGCCAGAUUUCGUUAGCAGUGCUGAAUACUACAAAUGUGCCAAUAUACGUCCGCCCUAUACGUAUGCGUUCCUAAUCAGAUGGUCAAUCUUGGAGGCCCCAGACAAACAACGGACAUUAAACGAAAUCUACAACUGGUUCACAAGAAUGUUCUUCUACUUUCGUCAUAAUUCCCCUACAUGGAAGAAUGCCGUGAGACACAAUCUUAGUCUUCACAAAUGCUUUGUGCGGGUGGACGGGAGGACAGGGGCCGUGUGGACAGUGGAUGAGGAAGAGUUUCAGAAGAGGAAAGGCCAGAAAAUCCACAGGGACUACACUUUAAAAUGGUCGACACCCUUCUCCCACUAUCCACCUCAUGAAGUCUCAGAUGUACCAAUAAAAGCCAUAGAUUCUCAGUAAAAUAUUUGUUUGUUUAUGUAUAGUGUAAUAUGGAGACAAAUUAGGCUAAACUUUAGAUUUUUUUUAACUUUUAGACAUUA